AUGAGAAAUCAGUUUACUAAAAAAGUCAUUCAUGAAGCGGAAUGUGUAAUACCACAUACCAGGGGCACACUACCUAUCAACACCACUGCAUCCAAUGACAACCUAGUGUAUUCGCCAAGAGCUGGGUCGCCAAUGAGAAUUGCUUCACCUAAUGGAAAUGGCAAACAAAGCCCUUCUCCAAAAAUUUCAAAUAUGCAUUUACAUGUUGAAAGUGAUAUAGAUUCAGUCAUUUCAUCAAAUCAAGCUGAUAAUACUCUUUCAUCAGAAUAUUCAACUGGCGAAUUUGAUUCUACUAAAUUAAUACAUAAAUGGACUCACACACUUUCAAUUCUUUGCUGUGUUGCAUCUCCAAGUCGCAAACUUCUAUUUUGUGGGACUCAAGAUGGAAAGAUUCUAAUAUAUGACUUGUUAACCUACAGUUUGAAGAAAGAAAUCCUAAGCUGUGGGCAACAUCAAUCUGCAUCUUUAUUGACUAUAGCAUUAAGUAAGGAUGAAAAUCAUUUAUUUGUAGCUGGGUCAGAUUCAUUAGUGAAAGUUUACGAUUUAUCAAACGAUGAAUUCCAUUGUACUCAUAUCAUUUAUACAUUAGUUGACAUUGGAGAUAUCUUUUCUAUUGCGUGGUGUGACGAAUUGUCGACAUUAUUUAUCGGGGCUCAGAACGCUUCUAUAUCGUGGUGUAAAUUAUCCUUGACUUCCAAUUCCCAUCCUCAUACAAAAUCAUCUUCAAACUCAAAUAUUGAAAGAUUGCCGCAUUUCAGGUAUGAUAAGUUUUUUGACUCAAAGGGCCCAGGCGGUUCACAGAAUACAUUACAAACAAAGCAUGAGCUAUAUAGAAGAAGUUCCAAGAACGAAACUUCUCCAAGACCUAUUAAAUUAACCGAAGUUAGAAAUGAAGAUACGAUUCGAUUCGCACAUAACGGUUAUGUCUACUGUAUGGAGAUAACCAAGGCAUCAAUUGGUGAUUUCACAGAAAGAAAAGUAUUAAUCUCAUGUGGAGGAGAUGGGGUUAUAAAUAUCUGGGCUCUUGAAAGUGAGUCAUUAACUAAACUUACAUCUUUACAAAACGAUGAAUCAAUUUCAUCAAUGACUAUACAUCAGUCAUUAUUAUAUGUUGGAAUGGGAAAUGGGAAUGUUAAUGUCUGGGAUUUGACUACAUUGCAAUUAAUCAGGUCCUUUCAAUUUGGUGAACUCUUGCCAGGAAAAAACAAUAUUCGUGACCAAUCCUUUCAUGAGGUGCUUAGUUUACAAAUAUCAGGGGAUUCUUUAUUUAAGGCAUGUUCAAAUGCAGGUUUGAUCAAAAUUACUAUGAAAUCGAAUAAUGUUGUGGCUCAAGACAGUGUAUUAAUGAGUGUAAAGGAAGAAGAUGGAAUCAUUAAUACAAUUAAGACCUUCAAAAUUGACGGAAGGUCAUAUUUACUUUCUGGUGGGAAUAAAUCACUUUGUUUCUGGGACAUUACUGUUGAACGAGAUUUAUCAAAGGAUGAAGAUUCGCUUAUCGAUGAUGUAUCAGACAAAUUCUCAAAUAAUAAAUUACUUUCAAGUUUGAAGAAGUAUAUCUCAUAUAAAACAAUCAGUAAGAAACCAGAAUUAUAUCUCGAAGAUAGUCGACACUGUGCUCAAUUCUUAUCCAAAUUAUUAUUGGACUUAGGUGCAUACCAAGCAAAAUUAUUACCCGUUGAAAAUGCCAAUCCGAUAGUGUUUGCAGUAUUCAGAAAGAAUGAUAAUUCAAGCACCGAGAAGAAGAGAUUGUUAUGGUAUGCUCAUUAUGAUGUCGUUGAUGCCACUGAUCAUGAAGUCAACGAUUGGGAAACGGAACCAUUCAUAAUGACAGCCAGAGAUGGGAACUUAUAUGCACGUGGUGUUAGCGACAAUAAAGGACCUACUCUAGCUUCCAUCUAUGCAGUGGCUGAACUUUAUCACAUGCAGGAAUUAAGUUGUGAUGUCGUGUUUAUAGUUGAGGGAGAGGAAGAAUGUGGAUCAAUUGGGUUCCAGCAGGUUAUAAAUGAACAUAAGCUGUUGAUUGGUGAUAUUGAUUGGAUCAUGUUAUCUAAUUCAUAUUGGUUAGAUGAUAAUACACCCUGUUUGAACUACGGAUUAAGAGGAGUUAUUAAUGCUUCGGUUGUGAUUAGAUCUGAUAAACCAGAUCGUCAUUCAGGAGUGGAUGGUGGUGUAUCUCGUGAACCAGUUAUGGAUUUGAUGCAUGUGUUAGGACAAUUAAUGGAUCCUGCCACUAAUAGAAUCCAAUUGGCUAAUUUUUAUGACGAUAUAUUACCCAUGACAAAAGAAGAACUGAAAUUAUAUGAAAAUCUUCAAACUUAUAUCGAUACUGAUAUUUGUACCUUAAUGAAGAAAUGGAGGGAGCCUUCUUUGACAAUUCAUAAAAUCCAAGUAUCGGGUCCAAAUAACAAUACGGUUAUUCCACAAUCUGUAGAAGCAACAAUUUCAAUUCGUAUCGUCCCAAACCAAGAUCUUGCUACAAUCAAAACCAAAUUAAUCGAGAAAUUGACAGAAACUUUCAACCAAUUAAGGUCGGAAAAUCACCUCUCAGUUAAUAUUUUCCACGAAGCAGAACCUUGGUUGGGAGAUAAUAAGAAUAAGGUAUAUUCCAUGCUUUAUGAGAAGGUAAAAACUCAUUGGAAUCAAGAGCCGUUGUUCAUAAGAGAAGGUGGAUCGAUUCCAUCGGUUAGAUUCUUGGAGAAAUGUUUUGAUGCUCCUGCUGCACAAGUACCUUGUGGACAAUCGAGUGACAAUGCUCAUUUGAAUGAUGAGAAGUUGAGAAUCAUCAAUUUGUAUAAGUUGAGAUCGAUCUUGACUGAUACAUUCAAAGAAUUGGGGAAUUAA